AUGAUUAGGGGGCCGUUAAUGGAGUUUUUGGGCUCUGAGACUAAGUCAUCAUGUAUUGGUGAUUCUUCUUCUAUGGAUGAACAUUCCAGGAUCAGUUCUAAUGAAAACAGUGAUGGGUUUUCUCGAAUCAAAUCAAAAAAACCAAUCACCAGGAAGACGAUCAAACAUUCGACAAAACGAAAAAGACUCGAAUGGCUUCCUGCUGUCCCUAGUUUGGUUCCUGAACCUGAGUUUUGCCCUGAAGCAAUCACUGAAUACACGUCUAAGUUGGACAAGUCUUCAAGCUCUUUGGCAUUGAAGGCAAGGAAACAUCUUUCAUAUUUGGGAUGGAAGAUCGAGUUUGUGAGAGACAAUGACAAGCCAAGACUACGAUAUAUUUCACAUGAUGGCAAGUGUUACCUUUCGCUUCGCCAGCUCUGUCUCAAUUUGAGGGACACUGGUUCAGUUUUGAUUUCCCAGGAUGAUCAUAGCAGUUCUGUUCCUUCUUGUGGUGGUUGGGUCUCAUCGCCACUACUAAGUACUAAAAAACCAUUACCAUGCAAGGAGGAACCAGUACCACCCAAGGCCAAUGUGGUUUCUCAUUUAAAUGGAGUUGUGGUUGAGCCUGAGUACUGUCCUCAGGCAGUAGAGGAGUAUUAUUUGGCAGGAUCAGAGGACAAAAAUGGCGGUCGUGUGUUGAACAGAGAUGUUAAGAUUGGGGGUGUGAGUAUGAUAUUGAAAGCAAAGAAGCACUUGUCAGCUAUCGGGUGGUCGUUUCAUUAUGUCAAGAAGAGAGGUGGCAGGGAAUUGAGGUACUGUUGUCCCGAUGGAAGAGUGUUUUAUUCUCUUAGAACAGCCUGCAAAUUCUGUAUAGAUGAAGGGGGACACUCUAGUUCUGAUACGAAGGUUCAUAAUUCUGAAAGAAGAGAAAACAUUAAUGUCAGCAAGGAAGCUAUGAACCAGUUAGCUGUUGAGGGAUCAUCGACUCCAGGAAUGGAAAGUCAGGGAAGUUUGGUAGCUGCUGAGAGAUCAUUGACUCCAGGAGUGGGAAUGCGGGGAAGUUUGGUGGCUGUUGAAGGAUCAUCACCACCACGAAUGGAAAUUGAGGGAAGUUCUGUAUCAGAGGAUGCAAUCCCGGAGAAGCAGGCAACAGAUUCUUCUUGUAAACGACUGUCAAUGGAACUUGAUGAACUUGGUAAUGUCAAAGGAAUUAAAAAACCCGAAAAAAGAAUAAAAAUUGGUGUACUAAAGUCUGCAUUUCCCUUCAAACAAACAAUCACAAAUGGUGAUUCAACACUGGAGAGGAAAGGAAAGGAAUCUAAAGCUUCGAUCAAACAAAGACACAACAUGGAUGGUGAUUUUUCUGCUUUUGUGGUGCCACGGGAGGUGGCUGUUCCUUCUUCCUCUCACCACCACACCCCUAGGACUGUAUUGUCAUGGUUAAUAGACAAUAAUGUGGUUUUGCCCUGGGCCAAAGUAUGUUAUCGUGGCAGAAAGGAUGGUCUUCCAAUGGCAAAAGGGCAAAUUACUCGUGAUGGGAUCAAUUGCAGUUGCUGUCAAAAAGUUUUUACUCUUAGUAAGUUUGAAGCUCAUGCUGGUAGUACUAAUCACAGACCUUCAGCCAAUAUUUUUUUAGAGGAUGGCAGGUCACUGCAGCAAUGCCAAUUGCAGUUGAAACUUGAUAAUAAUCAGAGAAGUGUAAUGAGAGAACCCCCUGAGAUGAAGGGUACUUGGCAUGACAGCUCAAAUGAUUAUAUCUGUUCUGUUUGUCACGAAGGCGGUGAAUUGAUUUUAUGUGAUCAGUGCCCAUCCGCGUUUCAUACAAGUUGCCUCGGUUUGAAGGAUGUUCCUGAUGGAGACUGGUUCUGCCCACCAUGCUGCUGUGGAAUUUGUGGUAAAGGCAGAUUCAAUAAGGACAGUGAACGAUUUACAUUCAAUACUGUUCUCAGUUGUGAUCAGUGUGGGCACCAAUAUCACAUAGGGUGCCUAAGAAAAAAGGGUAUUGUAAAGGUGUAUUGGAGUAAGAAAAAAAAUUGGUUUUGUACUCAAAAAUGUGAACAGGUGUUUUUGGGGCUGCACAGGCUUUUGGGGAAACCAGUUCCAGUUGGGGAGGAUAAUUUAACUUGGACUUUAAUGAAAUAUGUGGAGUCUGGUGGUUGUGGCCAUGGUGCUUCUGAUAUUGAGGCUUCCAUGGAGAAUUACAGCAAACUCAAUUUUGCUCUUGGAGUGAUGCAUGAGUGUUUCGAGCCUGUCAAGGAGCCUCGAACCAGGAGGGAUCUCGUUGAAGAUGUGAUUUUCAGUAGAGAGUCGGAGCUGAAUCGUUUGAACUUCCGAGGAUUCUAUACAGUGGUUUUGGAGAGAAACGAUGAGCUGAUUACAGUGGCUACUGUCAGGGUGUUUGGCGAAAAGGUUGCAGAAGUACCACUUGUUGCUACACGGUUUAAAUAUCGUAGACUUGGAAUGUGUCGAAUUCUGAUGAAUGAGCUUGAAAAGCAACUCAAGGAAUUAGGUGUGGAGAGGCUGACUCUGCCUGCUAUUCCUGGUGUGUUGAACACAUGGACCAGUUCAUUCGGGUUUUCGAGGAUGACAGAGUCCCAGAGAUUACGCUUGCUAGACUACACUUUCCUCAAUUUCCAGGGUACCACAAUGUGCCAAAAACUGCUACUGGAAAAUCCUUCCAAAAGGAUUAGGCCUAGCAAAAGGAAUCAAGAACAAAGUUCAUGA